UAUUUAUGGUAAAAAUAAUUAUAAUAAAUUGCAUUAAUAUUAUUUUUAAUUAACUAGAGGCUCGUUUUGUCAAGAGCCAAAAGGGGAAAAUGUUACUCUUCUUUCAGAACUAUCUAUAUAGAUUUCACUGUCAAAAUAGGGAUAUUAUAAAAUAUCGUUGUAGAGCAGCUGGCUAAAUGUUUAUUUGAUGAUGCUUAUAUUGCCUCGGGUAUACAUGAUCAUCCUUUUGAAAUAGGGACAUUCGAGAUGCUUAAAACUAAAGAAGCACUUGAAAACUUCAUAGCUCAGAAUCCCCUUUAGACACGCUUAAACAUUUAUCAACAAACUAUGGAUAAGAAAUGUUUGGAGGAUCCAGAAAUAUAAUACUAUUCUGAGGCGAUACCAUCAUUUAUAUCUUUGAGGAGUCACAUAGACAGACUCCUUAUGAAAUAUCGGCCCCCCAUGCCUCAAUCGAUUGGAUAUUGAGUUAUCAGCAGAAUAUGCUAUGACAAUUCGCAAUGAACGUUUUCUAAUCCAUGGAACAGGUAACUUAUAUGUUUUUGGUACUGAUUCCAUGUUGCGUUUGACCGAGGGUUCUGACAUGAUCUACAUGGAUGGAACUUUUCAUGUAGCUCCUACCUUAUUUUAUCAACUUUAUACCUUGCAUGUUAUGUAUGAAGGUGUUGUGAUGCCUAUCAUUUACGCUCUCCUUCCGGAUAAGACAAAAGAAACAUAUAUCCGGCUUUUUCAAAUUAUUACUAAUUUUUGCGCCGAACGCCAGAUAACCUUUAUUCCUCGAUUUGGCCAAGCAACUUUGAGGCAGCUGCUAUAUCAGCUCUCAAGUUUGUAUUUCCUAGCAUGGUUAUAAAGGGAUGUUUUUUUCAUUAUUCUCAAGCGUUAUGGCGAAGAUGUCAGUCUUUAGGGUUGGUAAGCUUGUACCUGAACCACUCCAAUGUUCACAAAGUUGUUAGGCGCAUGACAACUUUGCCUUUUUGUAAGGAGGAAGAUAUAUCUAGGGUAAGGCAAAAUUGUUAUAUUAUGGAGUCUGAAAAUCCCAUGCUCAUGGAUUUUAUGGAGUAUAGGGAUACGACAUGGCUAGGCCUUAAUGCCAUAUUUCCUCAUGGCAUAUUAUGGACAAGAUAUAAAGUCGAUGGUCCCCGCACCAAUAAUCAUUUAGAGGGGUUUCAUCAUGCCUUAAAGAGAAAAACGGCACACGCUCACCCAAAUGUUUAUAUUCUUAUAAAAACUCUAAUAGGUCAUCAACAUUCUAACGCCCUCAAAAUUAUCCAGAUCAAUAAUGGAUCUAGAGUGCGGUGAAGAAAUAAAAAAUAUGAAAGAAUCGAUGAGCAUAUUACAAAUUUAACAGCCAUAUAUGA